AUGGCUGCAAAUUAUGUGAAAGUGUUCAGGAUUAAAGGCGGUGAUGGCUCAGAGAAAUUGAUGGAGUUGCCCGUUCAAUUGGACGUUGAUCGACCGAAACGACCAAGAACCACCUUUUUGCCUCAUCAACUCGAUGCACUUGAGAGUGCUUUUAAGACAAACGGCUAUUUAGCCGGUGAGAAGCGAGCCCGUCUAGCAGAAACCCUUCAACUAUCAGAUACACAAGUGAAAGUGUGAUCAUUUGACGGCCGUUUAGACCUCGAAACUCUCCCAGAGGCUCACGAUGAAGAAGCUGAAGCUGAAAGGCUAGAAGAAGAGGAAAAGAAGCGAGCAUCGGAGGUUCGUUUGAGAGAUCACUCAAAAGGGUGGGAGGAUAGAGAAGAAAAUAACAAUCACGUUGAUGCAAGGUGCGGCGAGCGACUGAAGGACACAAUCCGACGGCCGACAAGGGGAACAGUUCGAUCACUCGCAAGGCAUUUGUCUGAAAAGCAAAGAAAUCGAAAUCUCGAGGAUCGCCUUCGACUUGCAAAACAUCGAAUGAGUAUGCCGGAGGUCUCAUCUUCGGGCGCUGUCUGGCAACCACGAAUCCAGAAUCUGCCCGCGUGUCCCCCACAAAACCUCGCUCCAUCCUCGUCCGCAUCCACGCAGAUUCUGAACUCAACCCGAGACUCUCCCCCGCACUCGAUUCGUUCCGCGGCACCGCUAAUUGAGAGAACUCCAUCUCAAUUUUUCGCUGGUGGUGGCAGUAUUCGAGCUCUUCACCCAGGGACACUCAUGGUUGUGGCUGGACCACCCGUUCGACCACAGGAGGCCGCCGGUUUUGCCGGUAUUCCGCCAACGAUGGCCGCCUCGAAUUUCCCGUAUCCCGGCGAUUUUCAACAAGUUUGGUAUCCCAUUCAAACGGCUCCUCUAUUCAUGCCGCUUGGUGCCCCGAUUAUGCACCCGAAAAUUCACACAUUGCCACAAUCACCUCCACCGACAGCUAGAUCGAUGUGUCGAGAAGUUUGUUGUGGCGGUUGUGCUCAACUAUUAUGGACCGUUGUGUGCAUCAUUCUAAUGGGAAUCAUUGCCGCUCUUCUACUUACUCUUUUUGUUGUC